UUAUAAUUAUAUAUUUAUCAAAUUGAAAAAAAGGUGGUUAGAAAAUUGAGGUUGAAACUUUCAGGGCGUAUAACGUGCGUUCGUAUAGCAUGUAUCAUGCGUUCGUAUAGCGUGUAACGUGCGUUUUACGUGUAAACUGACACGUUCACCCUACUGUAAAUAUUAACAAACAAUAAAACAACUUGUCUUAAGCUGCGGAUUUUAUUGUAAAACUAAAAACAGCAAAUUUCACAUUGAAUAUCUGUAAAUUUAUGGAUUGAAAAAUCUUUAAAUUUCGAGACUGUCUAUAAAUUUACGGACAGUCCAUAAAUAUUAUGAAAUCCUAGACCUGAUAAGAUCUAGUUCAUGUGUAGUUUCUAAAGUGAUAGCCGACCAUCGUAAAAACUGAUAGCCGACCAUCGUAAUUAAAUAUAUUGCUAAUUUUAUUGUUUUGGCCUUUGAAUUAAUUGAUUUAGUAAAGUUACUGAUUUUAUGAAUAAAUACACAGUACAAGUGAAAGAUGAUCAGAUCCAUUAUAAUUUUUAAUAAUGUGAAUAAAAUCAAAAUAGAAUCAAAGUCAAACUGUGAAACAAAACAUAGAAUUAGAAUCUGUUAGUAAUUUUGAUAACAUGUAUGAUUUUAAUAUAUAAUUUUUACAGUGCUUAAAUCAUGAAGGAAGCUAAAAAAACAACAAAACCUGUCUUUCAUGUAAGCAGAUUUGUUGACCAUUGUGACAGGGACCUGUACAGAACAGUCACAAAGGUACACCCUGUGAAAACCAAACCUGCUCCAGUGAACACAAAACCAGUCAGUCAUACAGCAGCAGUAACUCGUGCAAAGAAAGUGGAGAAAGCCCCAAUUUCAAAGAAAGCAGCUUCAACAAGAACAUUGUGUAGUGCCAGACAGCCUGUAGCAGCACCUGAGCCAACAUCACAAACCACAAGACAGUCAGUCAAAAAUAAAGGGAUCAGUCAUUGUUCAUGGUCUAGAAGAGAGAGUGGUAAAGAGCAAGGAUGAAGUUUACGAGAUUCUGGAGCAUGGAGCAUCAAAAAGACAGACUGCUGCAACACUAAUGAACGCUUCCUCAUGAAUGAAUUCCAACCAACCCAUCAGACACGCGGACUUCGGCAAGAUGUUAGAGUCUUUUUCCUGGAGAAAGAAGCAAAAGGAUCGGCCAGAGGGGCCAUUCAAAAUAUCCUUUAACCUGUAUGA